UUUGGUGCAAACUUCAGAUUCGUUUACUUGUCAUCGUCAUUAAUGAUUCCUUCAGUGAUUUGAUAAACCAAAACAAAGUGUUUAUAAAGUUAUUUGUUUAUUUAAUAUUUCAAACAGUAAAACAUGUUCAAUUUGCAUUCAAAACCAUUAAAAAUAUGACAAAAAAGAAAAAUGAACAGCGGCAUAUACAAAAUCGUGCAUGGGAAAAGGACAGACGAGAUCGAUUGAACACCACAUUCGAAAAACUAGCCAAACUUCUGCCGGAGUAUCGACCGAAAGUGACUUUUAGUAAAAUUGAAAUUCUACAUAAAACCAUUGUUUACAUUGAGGAUCUGCGAAAAAAGCUACGUGAUGUGCUAUCGACACAAAAUGAAUCUAUAUUCAAAACCCAAGAUGAGCUUGAGGCGAGUCUCAAGGCGCUUGUGUCACAGAAUAACGAUUUAGUGGAAUUACUGCAAAAGUCAAAUAUUAAAGUGCCGCACUUUGUUGAACCGAAAUUCCUUAGUUUCAUUGUAUCCGUGCAUGGUGCAGAGCGAAGCGAUGAAGAAGAAAAAAGUGAUAAAGACGCCAGCAAAUCGGCCACUUCCAAUGAACUCAACCAAAAUCAGCCACAGACAAAAUCGAAUGUCAAACCGAAAGAGGUGAUUCAAAAUCCAGUACAAAUAAAUAAAGAGUUGAAUGGCACGAAAACUACCAAUUCGUCUGAGAGCUCCGAUUCAAAGUCUCUUCCCAAAACUCAGCUAAAUAUUUCGCCAGUACUGAACGAGGUGCAAUCGUUUGGUUCAGUCGAUCUGAUACCAGUGAGCAGUGAUUCAUCACGACCAGAGUUCAAGAUGCAUGAACAACCUGUGAAAAAUUUCGUCGAAAUAACACCAUUGCUCAAUAAUCAAAAUGAAAAAUUAUCGUUACAAUCGGAAAAGUCCAUUGAUCUACCGAAACGGAAAGAACCAUCAAGCAUACAAGAAUCAAAGAUUGAAAAGAGAUCAUCUGAUGUUUCGGUGAUAUUGAAUAUGGCUCAAUCAUCAGACAGCAAAAUAACAAAAGCGGAAAAAUCAAAUGAAAAUAUUUCUGAAAAACAAGCCGUGGAAAAACCCAAGAAUAAGCCGAAGGCAUCUCCUAACGAAGCUCAAGCAAGUUCACACUGUGAUAAAAAAUCCACGGCAAAGAAGCAAAAUGUUCAAGAGCGAAAAACGAAUCCACCAAAUGUGCAAACAACAAAUAUUGUACAGACCGAAUCGGCAAAAGUAUCGAAGCCUACAACUGUUAUGCCUGUUUGUUCGGUAACUGAGCAAAACAAGGCCACAAUAAGUGAUACCAUCAAUCCAAAUACCAACGCAGGUACAAUCAGUGGAAUGAAUUCUGGGAAAAAGGUGGAACAUCUCAUGCUGCCAAAGGAUUUGAGUGUAAAUAUAUCGAAUGAAAAAGAUUUAUCCGAUGAGAUAUUCGGCAAUUUUCCGUUGCCACAAACACCGAAUGAGUCAAAUCCAAACGCUCUAUCGCCAACUGCUGCAUUUCUUCUAUCAUUUCCGGUAGUAUCGACUGUGUCAAGUUCAAAACCAACUGAAACAGACAACAGCUAUUCCGAGGGCACGAAUCUACUCCGACUGGAGGAAAAACCGAAUCAACCGAAAGAUCACAGUCUUUUUGAAAGUAUUUCAUCAAUUCUAAAUGAUUUGAAUGAUGUAUCGGACAGUAGUAAGAAUAUUACGAAUAUAGACCAUUCCAAUGGCACUCAGUUCCCGUACUGUACAAACAAAAAUCGUUCCGUCACCUCCGCCGACGAACAUGACAAACCAAAUGUAUUAAGUAAUGUUGGUGCGAAUAGGACCAAGUCGAGUCAAAAGAAUUUGAAUAUAAACAAUUUGCUUAGUACUGAUAGGAUGCGUUCUAGUCAUAGCGGCAGAGUUGAAUCGGCGAAACCAUCAAAUAUUGUGAUGAAAAAGCCACCCAUCCCAGAAUGUUCGACCAGUACAAUGCAAUCGAACAGUUUGUUGAGUGAUAGAACCAAUUACAUACCGUCCAGAACAUUUGAAAAUGUCCCGACUUCAACUGAUAAUACCUCCGACUUUUAUGUCAGUCUUUCCACACUGGGCUUACCACUAAAAUCGGCCGCAACACUUGCCUCAACGCCAAUCAAUCCAAGCUCCCAUUUCAACUUCCAAAUCUCAUCGCUGGCACAACCGCGGAAUCUAAUCGAUUCAAGACCUCUCAUCGCCGACACUCCAUUCACUUUUUCUUUGACCAAGUGCUCCGAUACAAUGACCAAUACAACAAGUAGUACAGCCAAAGCUAUAACACAACAGCAAAUGGAUCAUCAAACGGUUGUUCAUCGUAUGGAUAAAGCGCAGAAGAAAUCGUCGCCGACUAAACAUUUGGUCAAUGAUCGGUUUGUUGUCCCUGCUGAACCAACAAUAGCGUCUCUGAAUCGUUGCAAUUCGUUUAAUCCUUUUGCGUUUGAUAAUCCACCGAUGCUAUCUUCAUCGUCUUCCAUCGCAUUGGGUAGCCUUACGACAGUCUCUUCGAAUUGUUCUUCGAUAGGUACACCAUUUACAUUCACAUUAACGCCAACCUUUUCAUCGAUUUCCGCCAGCACACCGCUGCUUUCGAAUCAUGAUCCACUAUUCUCUUCUUCAUUUGAUAUGCCAAUUAUGAGAUCGACCAGUGCAUUGAGUAAAAAUCCAAAUCCAAAGAAAGAUAAACCGUCCGUUCCAUUUGGCGAAAAUAAAGAUCAAACUCAGUUGUCAAUUGGAAAAAGUAAUAAGAACUAUGCAGUGCCAUCCACAUCGAAACCGAGCAAAAAUCUGGUCAACUGGAUGACAUCAAGUGUAAAUAAGCCAACGCAAGAGUUGCAUUUAGAUUUUAUGCCAUCGACGGCCGAGGAACCAUCAGCAUGGUCACCCAACCGUAUGGCUGUGGACAAUACAAAUCUUAUUUCAUCAUCAGCAUUGCCAAUGUUACAAGGCGAUUUGGCAUUGAAUACGAUUUCGAACAGUUGUAAUCCGCCCGUCAAUAAAUUUGACAUUGAUUCGAAAAAAUUGUCGCAGCGAACGAAUAGCAACAACCACAACAAUCAGAAAUAUAGUCCAUCCAAAGUGGUGACAAAUCGAAAAUCUGAACACCAUAUACAACCAGACCGCAGUGGAAAGGGUGGUAAAAGUGAUAAAAAUCUGCAUACGUUUAAAAACCAUCAUCAAUCAGUUCGAAUGAAUGAACCGAAUCCAAUCACAAAUAAUUUCCAUUCGGUUAGUCAGCUGUUAGAUCAAGAGCGUCAGACGGCCAAUAAAAAUAGUUGUUACAUUCCAAGCGAGGGCAAACUGCUUUUGAAGGAUAUAAGCAGCAGCAGCAGUGGUGGUGGUGGUAGUGGCGUCGGUAAUUCGGCGGUGAUAAAGCAAAAAUUAUAUUCAAAAUAUGAACCAGAGCCCAAUAAUCAAUUGGUAGAGAAUAAAUUUCCUACAAAUGCAUGCAAUGUGGUGGGCAGCAGUGAUAUAAUGGCCAAUGAAUGUGAUAGAGAUUUAUUUGGUGGGUAUUUUUUCGGUCAACCAAAGCGGCUCAAGCUCAACUAUCAUUCGUCCAGUGAAUUUUUGGGCAAUCAAGGCUAUGCAUCAACCUAUGAAAAUUCAACGGCCAACGACAUUCUUGCCCCCUACACAAACUAUCAAACGUUCGAUAGUGAAUGCAAUAAUGCAGCGUCCAGCGCAUGCAUAAAUAAUUUAUCAAACCAAACGUAUACGUAUCAGUAUACACAGCCACAGUCAUACAAUCAUCAACCGCAACAGCAACAGCCUCAAAGUGCAUGUGAUCCGAUCGAUUCGACCAAUUAUUUCCAAGCGCCAGCGUCGUUACCCAGCUACAAACCAUCACAUUUCAAUGAAAUGGUGCGAAACAAUUCAAAAGCGAGUACACAGCAAUCAUUUUUGCAUCAUCAAAUAACUACCACCACCACCACUACCGCAACCGUCGCCAAAACAAACGAUUCCAUAACGGCGAACGCAAAAUUAUUUGCAUGCCCGUCAUCGAGCAGUGCAGCGCCGAAUAUUUCAACACAAUUACCAAUGAGCUCAACAAAUCGAAAUCCAUCAGCAUGCUCGUCGAAAACCAUUCACUAUCCAUCUCAUACGAAUAUAAAUAAUUUGCCAUUGAAUCAAGCGUGGAACGAUAGUUUCAGUUGGAUGCCCUAUACCAAUUCCAUUGAAAAACCCUAUAAUAAUAAUUUGUUUAACAGCAAUAGCGACAGCUCAAACAACAAUAAAACCAGCCUCACCACGAAUAAUAUCAGCGGCAGUAAUAAUAAUACCAUACCGAAUUUCAAUCUUACCACCAUUUUUCCCGAUUACAAUAAAUCUUGAUAAAUAUGAGUGAAUCUCAAGAGAAAUUCGUAUGUGUGUAGAGAUGAAUUGAAAAUUGAAGAAAAAGCAAAAUUGUACAUAUUUGUUUGUAAAUCCAAAUACAUUCAUCAAUUAAAUAAUUUAUCAUGGAAAAAA